UUAAAGUAUUUCGUUGUAUCGGUUAAAUUUAUUCCUAGGUAUUUCAUUCUUUUUGAUGACCUCUUAAAUUGAAUAGCUUUCUUAGCUUAUUUCCUUUUGGAUUGUUUGUUUCUGCUGCAAAGAAACACAAGUGAUUUCUGUUUGUUGAUCUUAGAGGGAAAGUUCAGGCAACUGUAACUGAGUGACUUGAAAAAUAAGUUCAAUACCGAUGGGAAAAGCGUCUUCAGUAGGGAAGUGAUUUUGAAAUUCCAAGUCAAGACUUCUGCUACUAGCCAAGGUUUCGUGACAAGGGGUGGGCUUAUUCCACAGGCUGAAAACAAACAAAAUACGCUGCCCUUGCCCUGGCUGUGGGAGAGAGCGCUGAGCCAGGCUGAGCCGCCCAGCCCUGUGGCUGCUAACACCCUGGCUGCCACCUGUGGGGAGGCCCCGAGUGGCCGUGGCUGUGAAGCAGGUCGGCUGGCUGUGCCAAGCUCCACGUGGUGGCACCGUGCAGGAACCAGCGUGGUGAAGAGGGCCGUUGGAAGGAACAGCCCUCCAGCAGGCGUUCUGGAUAGAACCUCUCCACCUGCGGACUGCGAGCACCGCCGGGCUGGAUACGCUCACACACGUUUGAUAAAAGAAAACAGGCUCCACUGGCAGCCACAGCCCGCUGAGGUGGCGGGAAGUGUCGUAGCCGGGAGGGAAAGAAAGCCUUUUGAUUUUGAGAAUUCAGGAUCAAACCCAGUGCCUCUCUGAGCCUUUGAAUUUCGCCACCAUCUAAAUGCAAAGCUCUGAGGCUUUUUGGCUGGGAAGCAGAGCAGAGGCAGAGAAUAAAGGAUGGAAAGGGAGGAGGCUCCCAGGUUCCAAGUCAGACGGAAGGAGGGAAGAGCUGCUUUGUGCUCACAGACAAGAAAAGGCCACUUGACGCUUGCGCUUAUGACUGGAAAAUUUGCAGUUAGGAAAAGCAGGCAGCAGUGCAGACAGCCCUCGGUCUGCACCUCCCAGAGUGUUGAGCCCUUCGGACGCUCCCUGUGGUGUGGACCUGUGUGAAGUCUUUCACGGGUCGCCCUGUGAGCUGUCGGAAGGGUGUGACGCACACAGCAACUGUGCGUGCGUCGUUGCGUGCGUACAGCCCGGCGCUGUCGUGGUCUGUUGUGGCGAUCCACGUGUGCGUGACUGUGUUCGGGACACCUUACAGAAUGGGAUCCCAACUACUGAUGUUGUAGAAUAAACUUGGCUAAAUGGGUUUGUGGAUCAUUUCUACUCAAUAUUGAUUGGGGCACAAACCGUGAGUGCAAACACCAAGUCUAGGAGAGUGACCGGAAACCGUCUGAGACUCUGUAUGUGCGCGAUAUCCUCUCCUACCAGCACAAGAGUACCUGCCAUGGCUCUGGAAGGGCACGUAUUUAUUUAUUCAGUACACAGGGUUGAGGCCCAGUCACACAGCAGAGAGACCGCAAUGGACAAGACUCUGCUUUCUUCCGGUUAACAGAUUGGAGACGUUGAUUUAACAGUAAUUCUUCUGUGCAGUGAAUAAGUACUGUAAAUCCAUUCACUUACUCUCACUCAUUCCGUGUUGGGCUGUCUGCUCUUUUGAAUAUCCACAGCUUACAUAAAUACAAAUUGGAUUUAAAGUGCAAAACAAAAGAGUUGAAAUAAUUAUGCAUCAAUGUGGGUUCAAAUGUUUUGCCUAAAUUAGCUCAGCAGUUCCUCACCCCUGGUCAGCAAACAAGCAGCUAGAUGUGAGGCUGUCAGGAGCCAUUCCGCACUGCCAUCGAGUGAGGUCUCUGAAUUCAACCCUCUGACAUUCACCAGUGUAAUCGAGUGUGAGAAGCCAAACAAUGACCUGAGUCGAUUUCGUGGUUGCAUCAUGCACGGCGGCGGAGAGAAGGCCGGCCUGCGCAAGGAGAACCUGCUGCUGCGCGGCUGCACCAUCAGGAACACGGAGGCGGUGGUCGGCAUCGUCAUCUAUGCAGGACAUGAGACCAAGGCUCUGCUGAACAACAGCGGGCCCCGCUACAAGCGCAGCCAACUUGAGAGGCAGAUGAACUCCGACGUGCUCUGGUGUGUCCUUCUCCUCAUUUGUAUGUCUCUGUUUUCAGCAAUCGGACACGGACUGUGGGUACGGCGAUACCAAGAAAAGAAAGCAUUGUUUGAUGUCCCUGAGUCUGAUGGUAGCUCCUUGUCCCCAGUCACAGCAGCGGUGUACUCCUUUCUGACAAUGAUAAUAGUUCUGCAGGUUCUGAUCCCGAUCUCCUUGUACGUCUCCAUUGAGAUCGUCAAAGUCUGCCAAGUGUACUUCAUCAACCAGGACAUAGACUUGUACGAUGAGGAAAUGGACUCCCGGCUGCAGUGUCGAGCUCUGAACAUCACGGAAGACCUCGGGCAGAUUCAAUACAUCUUCUCAGAUAAAACCGGCACUUUAACUGAGAACAAGAUGGUUUUCCGAAGGUGCACCGUGUCUGGGGUGGAAUAUUCUCACGAUGCAAAUGCCCAGCGUCUGGCUAGGUACCAGGAAGCAGACUCCGAGGAGGAGGAGAUGCUGCCCAAGAGGGCAUCAUGGCCUCAGCACAGCAGCAUCGGGAGCUGCCAGAGCGUUCGCAUCGUGCACAGGACGCAGAGCACCAAGUCCCACUGGCGCUCGGGUGGCCGGGCCGAGGCCAAGAGGGCCAGCGAGCUGUCCAGGCACACGGCCUUCAGCAGCCCCAUGGAGAAGGACAUCACGCCCGACCCGAAGUUGCUGGAGAAGGUCAGUGAGUGUGCCAAGUGCCUGGCCGUCGCGAGGCACCAGGAGCAGCCCCUGGCCCGCCUCUCAGCGGAGCUGGCCGAUGUUUUCGACUUCUUCCUGGCGCUCACCAUCUGCAACACAGUGGUCGUCACGUCCGCUGACCAGCCGAGGCAGAAACAGGUGAGGGUGAGGUUCGAGCUGAAGUCCCCGGUGAAGACUCUAGAGGACUUCCUCAGGCGGCUCACGCCCAGUCGCCUGGCCUCCACCUGCAGCAGCACCGGCAGCCUGGCCACCGCCAAGACCAGCCCCAAGUCGGGGUCCGGCUUCCUGUCCAGCCUCUCCAGCGACAGCAUGUUCCUCAAGCUGGAGGAGAGGCGGGGCCAGUCGGCCCCGUCCAUCGCCAGCAACGGCUACAGCAGCCCGGCCGAGAGCUGGGCCCUGGAGCAGAAGCCCGAGGCGGGCCACGAGGGGGAGCUGCACUACGAGGCAGAGAGCCCGGAUGAGGCGGCGCUGGUGUACGCAGCCAGGGCCUACCGCUGCGCGCUGGUGGACCGGCUUCCCGACCAGGUCUCCGUGGAGCUGCCCCACCUGGGCAGGCUCACCUUCCAGCUCCUGCACACGCUGGGCUUCGACUCCACCCGCAAGAGGAUGUCCGUGGUGAUCCGGCACCCGCUCACCGAUGAGAUCAACGUCUACACCAAGGGCGCCGACUCCUCGGUCAUGGAUCUGCUGCUGCCCUGCUCCUCAGAGGACGCCAGAGGGAGGCACCAGAAGAGGAUCCGCAGCAAGACGCAGAGCUUCCUCAACCUGUACGCGGUGGAGGGCCUGCGCACGCUCUGCAUCGCCAAGAGGGUGCUCAGCAAAGAAGAGUACGCCUGCUGGCUGCAAGGCCAUUUGGAAGCCGAGUCGUCCCUGGACAACCGCGAGGAGCUGCUCUUCCAGUCCGCCCUUCGCCUGGAGACGAACCUGCACUUGCUGGGUGCCACCGGGAUUGAAGACCGCCUGCAGGCUGGAGUCCCUGAAACCAUCUCUAAAUUGCGACAGGCGGGCCUGCAGAUCUGGGUUCUCACUGGUGACAAACAAGAAACAGCCGUUAACAUCGCCCAUGCCUGCAAACUGCUGGACCACGACGAGGAAAUCAUCACCCUGAACGCUGAGUCCCAGGAAGCCUGCGCAGCCCUGCUGGAACAGUGCCUACAGUACGCACAGUCCAGGGGCCCCUGCAGCACCCCCGAGAAGACCCAGGGCGACAUCAGCAUGGGGCCCUUCGCUCUCUGCUCAGCCUCCAAACCUGCCGCCUCUGGCCCCAGUCUGAGCCUCGUGAUUGAUGGGAGAAGCCUGGCCUAUGCGCUCGAGAAGAACCUGGAGGACAAGUUCCUCUUCCUCGCCAAGCAGUGCCGCUCCGUGCUCUGCUGUCGCUCGACCCCUCUGCAGAAGAGCAUGGUAGUGAAGCUGGUCCGGAGCAAGCUCAAGGCCAUGACCCUGGCCAUAGGUGAUGGAGCCAACGAUGUCAGCAUGAUCCAGGUGGCGGAUGUGGGCGUGGGGAUCUCAGGCCAAGAAGGCAUGCAGGCAGUAAUGGCCAGCGACUUCGCAGUGCCGAAAUUCCGGUACUUGGAGAGACUCCUGAUCGUCCAUGGGCACUGGUGCUACUCUCGACUCGCCAACAUGGUGCUCUACUUCUUCUACAAAAAUACUAUGUUCGUGGGCCUCCUGUUUUGGUUCCAGUUUUACUGUGGCUUCUCGGCUUCUGCCAUGAUUGAUCAGUGGUAUCUGAUCUUCUUCAAUCUGCUCUUCUCGUCGCUUCCCCAACUUGUGACUGGGGUGCUAGACAAGGAUGUGCCGGCAGAUGUGCUGCUCACCGAGCCGCAGCUCUACAAGAGUGGCCAGGAAAUGGAGGAAUAUCGGCCCCGAGCCUUCUGGUUAAACAUGGUCGAUGCUGCCUUCCAGAGCUUGAUCUGCUUCUUCAUUCCUUACCUGGCCCACUAUGACUCGGACGUGGACAUCUCUACCUGGGGCACCCCCAUCACGGUCACCGCACUGCUCACCUUCCUGCUGCACCUGGGAGUUGAAACCAAGACCUGGACCUGGCUCAAUUGGAUGGCAUGUGGCUUCAGUGUCCUUUUAUUCUUGUCGGUGGCUUUGAUCUACAAUUCUGCCUGUUCAACCUGCUACCCUCCGUCUAACCCGUACUGGACCAUGCAGACGUUACUGGGAGACCCCGUGUUCUACUUGAUCUGCCUCAUAACGCCUGUCACUGCGCUGCUGCCCAGAUUGUUUGUCAGAGCCCUCCAGGGGAGCCUGUUCCCCACCCAGCUGCAGCUAGGACACCAGCUGGCCAAGAAAUGCCGAGAGACACUCAAGACCCCCCGAGAGACCUUUGCUCAGGGACACCUCCCUGGAGAGCCGCAGACUGAGCUCUCCCCCAGGAGCACCUCGAACGAGUCCCUCGCCCCGGACUGUGCCUCCCAAGCUUCUCGGCACACUCAGCAGCUGCCGGCCUGCUCUCCGGAGGCCAGAGGGGAGCCCAGUGCAGUGGACACGAGUGUGCCACGGAGAGAGAACAGCUUGCUGGGGUCCCCGGGGUCUUCCACACCAGGGGAAGCUGUUUCCGGAGAGUGCCCUGGGCAUCUCCAGAGGACGCCCCUCAGCACGGGCCAGGCCUCCCCGCUAUCCCUCUUCAGCUCCCUUGGCUGGGUGUCCUCCCUGGUGCCAGUGAGUGGGCUGGGAAGCGUCCUCCGUUUCUCUAGAAGUAGUUUACACGUGGACAAGCGGGACAGUGGGUUCCUGCCCAGCCCCCCGCAGCCAGAGCAGGACCUGUGUGGCUCGCAGAGACCGGCUGCAAACUUCUAGACCACCCAAGGGAUGCCAGUGGGCCGCAGCCACAGUGGACGCCUGGACAUGUCCUUUUCUAUAUGUAAAACAUAGAUGUUGAUAUUAUUUAUGCUUAUUAUUUGCACAGAAGAGUUCUAGGGAGGUGUAUUUUUAAAUAUUUUCAGGCUAGCACAGGAAAUGAGAGGUAGGUACCAAAAGAGAAAGUUUAUUUUUCAAAGUUCUAAAUAGAGUAUAUUGAUGAAGAAAAGUAAGAGCUUUAAUGUAUAUGUAUGUAUAAAGGUUGAAGAAGAAUGACACUUGAACAGUGUGUUUAAAUUUACUUUUUCACCUCAUUUUGUACAAAAAGGCGAUAUGACUUCUCCCUUCAACAUGCAUGACCUUUGCUUUCUCCAAGGAGAAAUGCGUGGAUGAGGGCAGUGAGCCCGGGGUGCAGCGCGGAUGCUUCAAGGGGCGAAGGGGGGGCGUGGCCCCAAGGCAGACCCUCCACCAACCUGGGGUGGGGCUGUCAGCCAGCUCCUCUUCACCCAGAAGAGGGGAAGUGAGACCUCAAGACAAACUGAGGCAUGAAUUUCGUUGCAACACUCAAUUCCCGCAGGCAUUUAUUUCAUAGACAACCCCAGCAUAGCAUUUGCCUGUUAAAAUCAUCACGAGAAAUAAAUAACCUUCACUUUGCAGAG